GUAGGUAUCCUCCAGUCCAAAACAUAUUAUAAUUUAUAAAUAUCAAUAUAAAAUUUUAAAUGAUUUGCCGUUACAGUCGCCAUGGCAACCAAAAUAUAAUAACAAUUAUUUAAAUAAAUAGUUAUUAGGUUAUAUAUUGAUUAUUUUUUAAACUAUUUCGAGUAAUUUAUUUCCCUUUACAGUUUAAAUUGCAACCAAACAUUAAUAAAUAAACAAAAUAGAAUUAUAUUGACCGAUUUUAAGUUACGCGACAAACAUAUUUGUACUUUUUCAGCAUUAAAGUCGUAACAUGAGAACAGCGUCCACCAAAAACAUUAUAUAAUAUAAUAUUAUGAUAAGAAUAUAGUUUUACCAUGCAGCGAAAAAUAAUCUAGUUUUUUUAACUAAUUAAAAUUGAUUUACCGGUAGAUACCCCAAAUGUAUUAGCAUUUUUAAAUUUUGAUACCGAAUACAUAAGAUCGCUUAUAAUUUUAAUACUUUUUAUUAUGUUGAUUAAUUGUUUUCACUAUUUGAAAUACAUUUGACUGCGGGCGCCUGUGUUCGCUUCCCAAUAUUAUUUUUUAAAUUUACUAAACGAAUAUUAAUUUUUUUAAGUACAUUUUUAUACUCUUACCAUCUAUCCCAUGGUGACCACGAGGCACUGAAUUACAAAAUUAUGAACUUAAAAAACACUUAAUUUUUUUUUUUGGCUUAUUAAUUAAAUUAGGCUGCAUUCUCCAGCUUAUAGAGGUACUACUGUGUAAAUUGUUAUCUCCAUAGUUGUGUUAAUGAGGUUCGUAUAUUAUUAUCAUGUACGGAUAAGGGUCGUGUAAGUCGGUCGCUUGGUAACGUGUAUUCGUCCAUAAACAACAACAACAACAACAACAACGACAAUACGAAAUAUAUUACACAUUAAAAAAAACUGAUCACCGUGACAAACGAUUUUUACUCGUAUGUUUACGAACAUAUUAUGUAAACACAGUACCUUGAGUGAUAGAAACGCGGUAGUGCUUUACUGUAUAGUGGGUUUAAUGGCAGAAUAUGUGUAACAAUUUUCUAUUAUAGAUGGAUACCUAUGUAUUUUUUUUAAGGUUUUCUUAACAUACGCACGUUUACUGUUCAAUUUCGAUUUCUGUGAAAAAAAACAGAGUGAGGAAAACACCAUGCGCACAUUGUAAUGAACUCGGUGGAGCUGACAUCGGAUCGCGGAUCACGUUAUGGCCGAGCUUUUCGUCAUCGGACAACUGUGUAGCGCCGAGCAAUUUCCGUCAAAGAGUUUAUUUUGCAAAUGGAGCGUUCACGCCGGUACUAACUGGAAAAUUAUAUCUGGUCACAAAGAAGGACAAACCCAAGUUGACUCGCCGUCUUACGAUAGCCGAACCUGGUGGUGUCACCCGAUCGACAUUCACUUCGCGUCCAAAGGCGUACAAGGUUGGCCUAAAUUCCACGUGCAAGUAUACCACUACGAUAGUUACGGACGUAGCGAGAUUUACGGGUACGGAUUUUGUUACGUGCCGACCACGCCGGGAACGCACACGGUAGAUUGCCACACUUGGCGGCCGAUAGGUAAUCUCAGGGACGAGUUUCGCCGGUUUUUUCUCGGCGGUGGAGCCCAACUGAAAUCGCCAGAUUUCGUAUACUGUGGCACAGACCGGUACCGGUUGCACACCGAGUCGCUGGGAACGGUGCGCUUCCGAUCCGGGUUUUCUAUACAUUAAGAACAAACAAUGAAUGAACAUAUAUUUAUAACAAUAACACUAACUUAUUACUACUUCUAAUACUACAACUCAAUUAAUUUUAUAUAUAAUAUUUAAUGAACAAAAUGGUAAAUAUAUUAAGUGCCAAGUUAAAAUAUUCAACAUAAAUAAUUGUUAAAGGGACUAGAUUGUAAAUAGUUUCUUUCAGUGGCAUAUUUAAGAUUAAUCAAGCAAGUGCAUAUUUAUAUUUUGAUAUAAUUAAAGUUAAAAUAUUUAUUAUUUUAUCAUUAUGAUUAUUUAAUAUUUUUAAGAUAUAAAUAUAAAUGUAUCUAUCCUACCCGCGACCAAUAAAUAUGCCACUGUUUUCAUACUAUGUCAAAAUUUAAAUUCGAUUAUAGUACACAGAUAAUGGACAUAACAUUUUUUUAACAAACAGAAA